GGCUGGAGGAGCUGGACCCGCUCCGCGGUGACUCCGGCACCGGUGCCCCGCCGCGCUACUCGCUGAAGCCUGGAUCUCCUCAGCGCCAGCUGCCUCGCCUUUUGCAUCCCCGCGGAGACCAGCCCUGGCUACCGCCGGGGCAAUCCAGCCGGGGCCGGGGGAGGUUAAGCCGGGCAGGGCUGGAGCAUGCUCCCUGCCGCCCUCCAUAGCCGCCCCCGGAAGGCGCGCGGCGCUGGACCCUCCCCGGCUGCAGGGGGCGCUCUUGGGAAGCAGGCGCCCCGCGGGUCCCUCUCUUCUCCCGCCGGGCCGCACGCGCCGAGCCGAGCUGGUCUGUUGCUAGGCUCCCGAGCGCGUGCCCCCGCCCCCGGGCCUGGGCAGAGCCGUCGCCCCGCGGGAAGGGCAGUGGCUGUGGGGCUCCCUCCCUGCCCUCCAGGCCGGCGCACGCAGGCCUUGCCCAGCUGUCUCCCCGGGGCCAGGCCACAUAUAUUAAAAGGAAAUGGCUAGAAAACAUGAGCACUUUGGACUAAGUUAUCUAGAAGAACUAAAUAUGAUUAAGGAGCGUGAGAUUAUAUGCAAGGAAUCUCGGAAGGAUUUUCUUAGAUUCAAACAAGCAGUAGCUACUGCUUAUACAAAUGUGAGCACUCAGCCCUUACUGGAAGAUUUAACACCAGAUCAGUCACAUCAGUUAGAGCAGUAUCAUCUUCAGAGGUCAGAGAGUCCACAUAAGCCCACCAUUAAUAUAAAUAAAAAUGUCCCUAAUGAAUUCAUUGGCAGUUCUGAAAUUCACAGAAAAGUAAGAAUCUCUCCUGAAGUAAGAGACAUGAAAAAACAAACUUGUGAUCUCAGCACAAUGAUUCAAAGAAAUAAAUCUUCUGUAAAAGAGGACAGUGCUGACAAAAAUCAGAAAAGUUACUCUGAAAAAAUAAAUGUGGAAAAUAGUAGUUGUAAUCAUGAAAGUACAAGUGUAAAAAUGCCAGUAAUAGCAUCUUUAGCAGGUACCACUAAAAAAAUCACUAUGUUAAAACAACCAGCACCACCUCGGAAGCCUAAAUAUCGCAAACUCAUUCUUCAUCCAAGACUAGUAACUUAUAACCCCCCCAUUCUGUUACAGAAAGUCAAAGAUACUAGAAAAGUGCAGGCUAGAGCCCAUUCUCUGAAGAUGAACAUUCAGGUUGUAAAAACAAAUAGAACCGAAGAAGCUAGCAAUGACAGUAAAGAAAGUGAUGAAUCUAGUUCUACAGAUUCUGAUUCAAGUGAAAAGGCUUCUAAAAAGGAAAUAGUUAUUUGGAAAAAAGAAAAGAAAGUAUGCAGAGAACUUUCAAAAGCAAGUCAACAAGAUUCAGUUGUUGAGCCGGGAAGAGCACUGAGUAAAAGAAGCAGUGUCUCCUGCAGCCAUCCAAGUGUGAGGUCUGCUUCAGAGCAGUUGGAAGAGGCUAGAGACAUAACUAGACCAGACACUUCAAAAAUAUACGAGGAGAACUUCCAGCAGAGCAAACCAGAAGAGCUUACUUCCACACCAAAGUUGCCUGUGAGAGUGGUUGCAAGGUCUAUUGAUGAAAUAAUUGCUUCUCUGCAGUCUACUUUUCAGUCUCCCUCAGACCAGAUGAUCAAAGAACUCCUGGAGAGUGUUCUUGGCCGGAACUACAGCAUAAAAAUGGAACAGACAUCAGGCUGAAUCUCGGGAAAAGAAGACUGAAUGUCAAGCUAAUGAGGAAAUAGUGGCAAGUUUUCAGGCACCGAGCCUGAUCAAAGAAUCACUUAGUGAAACAACUCCUUUUGAGGCACCAGGAACUUCAUCUCCACUUUCAGAGGAUAUGCCUACUUUUGUAGAAACUGAGGAAUAUAAAUUAAAGUUCUCUUCUUCAGACAUUCCAUCCUUACAUGAACCAGCUUUUCCAGUGCCUAAAAUUUCAGAGGAUGUAGAGAGAAAACAAGAAUCACAGACAACUGUAACAUCGUCUUUAGAGGCUGUAUCCUCAGACAUGCUACAGGUGAAAGGAGAAGCAAUCAUAAAGGCUAAACCAUUUGAAGUUCAGCAAAAGGUAUUAGAAGAAGAUCUCCAGCUACAGCAAUCACUGUCUUCACUGUCCACAUGGAAUCCAGAGAUCAAAGGUCAACAUUAUCCAGUUAUUCAUCACCUGUGUACUGCUUCUCCUAGUUUUGCACUGCCUUCUGAUCUACAGCUGGCUUCAAGAGUGUGUCAUACUUUCAACAGAAAAGGGCAUUAUCUUUUAUUUACAGCAAAGGAUCUGGACCACCAGGAGGAAGCAUCACUCUGCUCAGAAAAUAUUACUUUUGAAGAGCAAAUUGAAAGAAAUAGAAUUUGUUAUGAUGGAGUUCCUGUUUCAGAACUACAUCAGGAUAAUCAGAAAGAUGGAAUUAAUGUUUUGCCUCCACAUACAUCAAGAAGUCUAACAGAAUGGCAAAAAAUAGCUGCCUAUUAUGUUGAAAAGCCACGACUGGAACUGUUAGGAGAGAAAGUUUCUGUUUAUCCAGGAACUCUAAAAAUGUUUUGGGCUGCAGCUCCACCAAAAUUUUCUGCUCCACUAUCUUUCAUGAAGGAAACCUUAUUUCCUACGUAUGAGAGCAAUGUUAUUGAGGGUGUUGUAACUGAAGACUUUUCUGCUGACCUUCAAGAUGAAGAAGACUCAGAGUCUGAGGAUGCUCUUGACAUCUACAAUUAUAUGGUGGCAAAAAGCACACUAAGAAGAUGCCAUUCCUGCCUAGAUUUUUAUGCCGCUGAAAAAUUAAAGAUAAGUUUUAUUAAAAGAUCAGCCUCUGCACCAGAUGCGUCUGCUUUCAAAGGCAAAACAGUGUUAAAGAUUUCUACUAAUUUCAAAACUAGCAUGAAAGAGUUGAAGGUUAUGAAGGGACAGCUAUCUGAGCGAGCGGUUGAGACAGAGAUUGAGAAAAGCUCCCCUUCUAAGCACCUAUUGACUAAAAGCUGUGAUGAGCCUUUACCAGCACAAGUAGACUUACCAAUGGAAAGAAUACCUAUUUUUAGAAGACAAGAGGAUACUGAUGAUGACAUCGUUCUUGUUGAGAAAGCUCGAAAAGCUGGGAUUAAGUACAUUAUUUUCCCAAAAAGAAAGAAAACAAAGAAAUCAAAGAAAAUGAUAGACCUUGGAAAAUUAGAAGUUAUGGCUGAGGAAUUAAAACAACCCUCGAAGAUUCUUAAAAGCUCUGUAUCCCUUGGAAGACUGCAUAUACAGGAUAAAUUCAGUAUCAGACUAUCUCCGACAGUCCAACGUUAUCGAAGUCCCAGUCUCCCUUGUUUGUUAGAUUUUGAGAAAUUCGAAAAAAGUAAAGGUGGAAUUCCAAAAGACCUUGGUGUUCGUGAGUGGGUCAGAGGAAUCUGGGAUAGCUGGUUCGAUGAGGCUUUCCCUCCUACUAGGGCUUCUACUGAGGAAAAAGAUGCUAAAGUACUAACAGACACUAAGAAGGUGGACUCUGCAGAACAAGGAAAACCUGAUCUAGAAAUAGAACUAAUGGACUCAGUGAAUCCUGUUUUGGUAGAAGAUAUUGCUGAAAUUGAAGAUUUGGAAACAGAAAUCAAUAGACUAACAGUGUUGAUUGAAAAGGAAGAAAAUUCUUCAGCGUUUCACUAUUGUAGACGUGGCGCAAUAAACAGGAAAUUAGGCAAGUUAAAGUCAGCCAUGGAUGAUUUAGAAAAAGCCAUAAGCUUAGAACCACUUCUACUUAAUGCUUAUUGGCACAGACAUUUGAUUUACCUCUUUCAAGAAAAAAAUCAAGCUGCCUUGGAUGACCUGAAUUUUAUAAUUAAAUGGAACAAAAAUAAUGCAGAUGCAUAUCUGUCAAAGGCUGAAAUUUACAGAAAUCAAGGCAAUAAUGCAUUGGCAAUCAUAAAUUGCACAUUAGCAGUGAAAUGCAACCCUACAGAUGAUGACAUUUAUUUUAGGAGAGCUGAGUUGUUGGAAGAGGAAGAGGACUUAUUGUUGGCAAUGGAUGAUUAUGCCAAAUGUUUUCAAUAUAAUCCAAAAAGAACAGAUGCAUUUAUGAAACAUGGAAUAUAUUUCUUUGAGAAAUCAGUUUGGACUAUAGCUCUUCAGGAUUUUACAGCUGUGAUUAAGGAAGACCCCAGCAAUGUUCAAGCAAGGAUAUAUCGAGGCAGAAUAUAUACUAAACGACAGCAGUAUAAAAAUGCAAUGGAAGACUUUUCUGCUGCAGUUCAUCUAGACCCUUUUAAUUGGUUAGCAUUCUAUUGCAGAGGUUGCAUACUGCGAAAGAUUGAUCCAAAGAGAGCGCUGCAGGACUUCAGUGUUUCUGUGCUCCUCAAUGACUCUUAUGAAAAUCUCAGUUCUUUCAUUCACCGUGGGAUCUUAUACACAGAGCAAUGUCAGUGGUCACUAGCAAUCUGUGACUUUGAAAGUGCUCUAGCUCUGGACAGUGGUAUUGCCUUGGCUUACAUAAAUAUUGGCUUGAUAUUACUGUUACAUCUGGAGCGUUACUAUGAAGCUAUUCGACAGUUCUCUAAAGCCAUUGAAGUUGACCCCACAAACGUUAGCGCUUAUAUAUGUAGAGCUCAAGCAUAUUAUCAGCUGCACAAUUUACAGCGUGCAUUAAGAGAUAUAAAUCGAGUCAUUCAUCUUUAUCCAACUGAAUCCUAUUUAUGCAUAAUAAGGGGACAAUAUUUAAUUGAGAUGAAGGAAUAUAAACUUGCAAGCUUCUGUAUUCUUCAAGUAUCAGAAAUGGGCAAAGUAUCCCUUAAAACCUCUCCUGUUCAGCAAGCACUUGUUCAGUCAUUUUGUCAAAAUCACAGUAAAGCUAUAGAGUGUUUACUUGAGGUUAUUGCAAGUCAGCCUGUGCCUUCCAUAUUUGUUCUGCUAGGAAAAAUACAAAUGAAAGCCAAGAAAACCAAGGAUGCUGUGGAAAGUUUUCAACAAGCAUUAAAGAUACUGACUUCUUCAGCAAAAAUCUUGCCUAAUACAUUUGAGGCUGCAGAAAUUUAUUAUUUCAUGGGCCUGUGCUAUAUGGAGCAAGUCAGUUUAUUACAGGCCUUUGAAGCUUUUAGCCUUGCUGUCAAGAUAUAUGCAAAUUAUUCUGAUGCUUUUUAUCAGCGAGGGCUGUGCAGAAUGCAGCUCAAACAAGCUAACUGCAUCCAAGAUUUCAAUCGAGCACUUGCCAUUAAUCCAAAACAUUUUCAGGCAUAUUUAAGUCGUGCUGCUUACUAUGGUAGCAAAGGAAGAUACUCCAAGGCAAUUCUGAAUUGUAAUGAGGCUAUCAAAAUUCAUCCUGACAGUGUGAGAGCCUAUCUCUACAGGGGAACUUUGAAAUAUCACAAUAAGACAUACAAAAAUGCCAUUGAAGACUUAACCAAAACUAUUGACUUGGACAAAAUCUGCAUUUUGGCAUAUUGCAACAGAGCAAUCUGUUAUCACCAAAUAAAGGACUUCAGAAAGGCUUUGAAAGACUAUGGAAUUCUUCUUCUUCUUGAAUUGACUAAGGAAAUUGUCUUGACAGUGUUAAUUAACCGUGCACUACUCUAUGUGGAACUGGAAGACUACUCUAAUGCAUUAGAGGACUUUAAAGAGGCUUCAUUGUGUAAUCCAAGUAAUAGUGAGAUCUAUCAAGCUAUUGGAAUCUGCUACCACAGACUUGAGCAGUUGGAAGAAGCUGUGAAUUCAUUUACCCAAGUGCUUAAACUAGAUCCCUUUUCUCUGGAUGCCUAUGUUGCAAGAGGAAAUUCAUACAUGGAAUAUGGUAAUGAAGCUGGCAAUACUCUAGCACAGAAAGACUUCCUGAAAGCACUGCAUCUUAACCCAAAGUAUAUGAAAGCCAGAAUUUGCUUAGGAUACAAUUUGCAGGCCUUUGGAAAAUUUCAGAAAGCUUGGAAUCAAUUUACAGUUGCCAUUGACAUUGAUCCAAAAUGCCAUAUUGCCUAUGACGGACGAGCUGUGGUCUGUCUUCAGAUGGGUGAUACUUUUGCUGCAUUUCAAGAUACAAAUGCAGCACUAAAGCUCACUAUCAAUGCUCAGCUUCUUACAAACCGGGGUGUCAUUAACCAGUUUAUGGGUCACGUAAACUGUGCUAUGAAAGAUUACCAGCAAGCAAUUUCCAUCAACCCUGGCUAUGCUUUAGCCUAUUUCAAUGCAGCAAAUAUCUACUUUCAUCACAGGCAAUUUUCACAGGCCAAUUCAUACUAUUCCAAGGCAUUACAGCUUGACCCACGGAAUGAAUCUGCAGUCCUGAAUCGAGCUAUUACAAAUACAUUAUUACAAAAUAUCGAAGAAGCAAAAGAAGAUUUUGAGAAGGCAGUUUGUCUCUGCCCUUUCUCUGCAGCAGUGUACUUUAACAGGGCAAAUCUCUAUAGAACAUUAAAGCAAUAUGAGCUAGCUGAGAAGGAUAUUUCAACAGCAUUAUCAAUUCAACCUAAUGAUGCUUUGAUGUAUAAACUUAGAGCUGAUGUUCGUGGUAAAAUGGGAUUCAGUGAAGAAGCCAUUGCCGAUUACAAGCGAGCAAUCAGCAUUCAAGAAAUGAUUGAUGCAAUGUGAAAAGAUUCCAGUUCCUGCAAAACAUAGUAACAAGUUGGGUCUGUUUACAGAGCUUUGCCUUAUUUAAAUAAGAGAUAUUUGUUUAAUUAUAUCUCAAAUACUAUUUAAAAGAAUGUAUUAUGUAGCACUAGGCUUGGCACAAAAGGUUUAGUUUUGUAUACAGUUAAUACUGUAAUAAUCAAUCUUCAUUUUUAGAUGAACUUCUGCACAUAUGUUAUCUUCCUGAAUAAUUUAAUUGCUUGAUUCAGUGCAAAAAUUGAACAGAGCUAUUUAAGAACAGAAUGCUAACAUUAAAGAAGUAAUUUCAC